GCCUUGUCCAAAUUAAUAGAUAUCGCAACUUCGGAGAAGCUUCCUCCUCUGCCGGUUUUUCAAAUCCCCAUUUCUUCACAUACCCAGAAGAAGAAGAAGGAUCAUCCUUAGCAACAACUAUAACAAAGCCAAGGACACGCAGAGGGAGGUGGGGGCCACGGCUUUCUCUCUGAUUUUUUGCGCCUCUUCUUGUGGAUCCAUACAAAAGAGCACACUUCAGAUCAAAUUAUUUGGUCACAGGUGUUGUAUAUUCGGUGUGGUUUUUCCAUCUGGGUAACUGGUAUUUACACUUGGAAGACGCGUUUUGUGCUGAAAAGGAGGUGGUUUUGCUUUGAAGAAGAGGUUUCUAUUGAUGCCCAUGGGAAGCUAAGUCUAUUGAAGAAGAUGGAUGCAGAAUCUACCCAAUGAAUUGGUAGAUCUUGUAGGCAAAUGGGUUGUAGAAGAAGCCAAUUAAAUAAAGGUGGUGGUGGAAUUCCCUUCGAGCAAUGAGUACUGGAGAAUUAACGACACCUGCCUGGUUCCAAUAGAAAUAUAAUUUCGCCAAAGUGGUGUCUAAGGGGAUAUUUUAUCCCGUUUGACCUGGUUAUUUAUGGAGUAACCAUCAAAGAUCAACUUUAUCCAGCCUUGUGGAGAAGGCAACUCCCUAAGACUAGUGGUAGUGAAGGCAUGUCUAAUCUUUUAUAAUGUGCUUCAAUGGAAUUCCUUUAGGCCUCUUGGUGAUUGAAGAAGCCCAUAAGGAAGCUGGCAAAAGCCGCAAAACAGUAGUCCCCAAAUAAUAUCCCCUUGGUUGGAGUUAUCCUCAGGAUUCUGGGGUCUUCCUCCAACUGGAUUUUCCAAGUCAAAACCAAGCAAGUAGAAGCCCACAUCACUUUGCUUCAAUCAUCCUGGUAUUACCAUAGCUAAUUUCCUACAAAGAUGAGAUAUUCCAAGGAGGUACCCAAAGAUCUAGGAUCAAACGGAAGUUGAAUUUUUGUUUAGGGUCCAUCUUGUUGAAUAGGCAAUCUUUAGAUGGGUUCCAUUGAGGAGAAGAUAGACCUUGAAUCAGAUGAGGAGAUCCCUUUUAGCACAUCACAAGGCACAAGAAAAGUUCAUUCUUUUGACUUCGAGACAUCUCAUAUUGGGUCUCAUGCAGCUCUCUCCACCUCAUGGAUCUUUAAAAAAAUGAGGACUGCUCCUCUAAGAAGUGUUUACAUUGUCUUAAUUAAAGCGAAGAUAAAUAUGUUGCUACCUUUUGGUCCCUUAGCAAUUUUGCUACAUUAUCUUACUAGAAAGCAUGGAUGGGUCUUCUUCUUCAGCUUAUUAGGUAUUACCCCUUUAGCCGAGCGUUUGGGUUUUGCCACUGAGCAGCUUGCAUUCUACACAGGCGCUACAGUUGGGGGUCUUCUAAAUGCUACCUUUGGCAAUGCGACAGAAAUGAUAAUUUCAAUGUAUGCAUUGAAGCAUGGGAUGAUAAGAGUUGUUCAGCAAUCAUUAUUGGGCUCCAUCUUGUCCAAUAUGCUUUUGGUUCUUGGAUGCGCAUUCUUCACUGGCGGGAUAAAAAAUCACACAAAAGUUCAGGAGUUCAAUAAGGCAGCUGCCUUGGUGAACUCAGGAUUAUUGCUUAUGGCUGUUAUGGGUUUAAUGUUUCCAGCGGUGCUUCACUUCACACACACAGAGGUGCACUUUGGGAAAUCAGAAUUAGCUCUUUCAAGAUUUAGCAGCUGUAUAAUGCUUGUGGCAUACGCCAGCUACCUUUUCUUUCAGCUUAAAAGUCAACCGAAUCUUUAUAGUCCCAUUGACGAGGACACAGAAAAAAUUGAAGAAGAUUCUGAUGAAGACGUUCCAGAACUAACUCAAUGGGAAGCAAUUAGCUGGCUUGCUAUUCUCACUCUAUGGGUGUCUGUACUCUCUGGAUACCUUGUUGAUGCUAUAGAGGGAGCAUCUGAGUCAUUAAACAUGCCAGUGGCUUUUAUUAGUGUCAUUCUGCUUCCAAUUGUAGGAAAUGCUGCUGAGCAUGCCAGUGCAAUUAUGUUUGCCAUAAAGAACAAGCUUGACAUCACAAUCGGAGUUGCAAUUGGUUCAUCUACACAAAUAGCAAUGUUUGUGAUUCCCUUCUGUGUGGUUGUUGGUUGGAUUAUGGGACAACCAAUGGACUUGAAUUUUCAACUCUUUGAGACUGCCACUCUCUUUAUUGCGGUGCUAGUAGUGGCAUUUAUGUUGCAGGAAGGGACAUCAAACUAUUUUAAAGGUUUGAUGCUUAUUCUAUGCUAUCUCAUAGUUGCAGCCAGCUUUUUUGUACAUGUUGACCCUACAAAGGAUAAUGAUUAAACACCUGAGGAUCUAUCUAGCAUUGCGAGCUCCAAAAAGUCCACAGCUUUCAUACGCAGGAAAGGCCGACAUGGCAGGCAGGUGUGUACACGAACCGGUUCCUUUAUUUUUCAUCCAAGCAAGCUCACACCCUAGUCAUGUUCCAUUUCCCAGGUUGUGUCAUCAUUCAUAUGCUUUAUAUUCUCCGCCUAACAACAAGGUUAACUCUUUUUUGUACUCCUAAACCGUUUUCACAACCAUGAUGAACUGGGCAUGUAAUUUUUUCUUCUAUUCUCAUUCUUUAUCUACAAUUCCCUACAAAACAGCUCUCCACCCUGUACCUGUUCAUAAACCUUGAUACUCUGGUUCAUUUUUUUCUUUUUCUUUUUUACGUAAACCUUGUGCCUGCAUGCCUGCAUGCAUGCAGGCAUGCAGCAUGAUGGUUUCAGAUUGAAAAAUGAGAAGGGGCAUUUGGGCAAAAUAUGGAUGCCCCAUAUGUAUUCAGUUCUUCGGAUCAAUUGUCAAAUAAUGAUACUCAUCCAUGUUAUAGUAGAGGGAAAUAUGGAGAACUCUGAGGAAAUUUGUAAGAUUUUAUGAGUAUGGUGUCAUAUUUGAUCAUA